CCAUAAUGCCAUUUCGCCGAAUUGACGGGAUGUUUCCACGUGUUCGCUUGGCGCUGUUGUUGCUGAGUGCACUGACCGCCUGCGUGCUGGCCGAUUAUGGGCCGAGAGACUCCGUGACGAUCCUUACGGACAAGAACUUUGAGAAGGAGGUGCUGCAGAGUCCCGACUACUGGCUCGUCGAAUUUUACGCUCCUUGGUGCGGGCACUGCAAACAGUUGGAGCCACAGUACAAGGCUGCGGCCAAGAAGCUCAAGAAACAUGCACGUUUGGGAGCUGUAGACGCCACGGUGCAUCAGCAGUUGGCGCACAAGUACCAGAUUAAAGGCUACCCGACGAUCAAGGAGUUCGGCGCAAAGAAGAAACGCCCGCAGGACUAUCGUGGCGGGCGCACUACGAGAGAAAUCGUUCAGUAUGUGAAGAACUCGCCUGAAGCCAAGAAGCUCGGCGCGAGUGGUGGCAAUGUUGCCACACUGGAGUACGACAAGGUGCACGCCUUCUUGAGCAAGGACCUGCCGUCAGCCAUUUUCUUUGGCACUAAAAAGAAGGGCAAGAAGAGCUCCAAGGUGCCAGCAUGGCUGGGCAAUGUGGCGAAGUCUUUCAUGGAGGGGACGACGAAGAAGAGGAAGAAACAGCCUACGGUGCAGCUGGCGUUCGUGCCGGCGUCGGAUGACAAGGUCGCCAGCCAUUUCGGCCUCAGUGAGGAUCAACUUCCAACGGUCAUCUACGUCUACCCGGCUAGUCAGAAGUACGUCGUGUCGGAUGUGAGCAAGCUAAAUGAAGCUGCGGCCAAGAAGUUUAUUGAUGACGCGCUGGCUAACACGGAGACGGCGGAGAAUGAUGAAUCGCUGCCCAACGUCCCGUUGUUCCCGUCUCCUGAAGUGGCCAAGAAGAAGCCCGUGGUUGCUCUGAAGGAGCUGGACGCAGCAACUGCUCGCGAGUGUGCUGCUAAACGCGGGAAAAUGUGCGUCGUGGUGGCCAGGGAGGAUACGGAGUUGAUUCGCUCGCUUGCCAAAAAGUACCGUCGUGACCCGUUUACGUUCUUGUCGAGCAAACCGGACGCGCAGGCUUUCCAUGUUCUGACUGAGUUCGUGGGUGAGAUUUCGGCGGAGGUGAUUGUCGUCAAGCCUGGUCGCAAGGUCAAAUACUCGGCUCUCAGUGGAGCAAACGAUGAAAGCGACAUCUCGGAGUUCCUUGACAAGCUCAUUGGUGGCUCGAGCCCGUUCUCGGUGCCCAGUGGUGGACUCGAAGCUUUCGAAGCUGCGAUGUCCGCUUCAUCAGACGACGCCGUGAAGCACGAAGAGCUGUAGACGCCAUAUCUUUCCUUUCUAGGUGAGGGAUGUGAGUUAACGGUAGCAUGACCAUACAUUUUGUAGGGACCGAAUAAAGCACUAUUCGAGACCCGUCCA